UUUUUUUUCGUGAGACUAUUUCACCAUACGCUUACUUCGCCCCCCUAAGCACCACUUCCGAUGUUUACAAAGGCAGCAUUUUUUUCCCCCAGCGUGUGAAGAGAAAAGUGUCCUCCUGCUGGAACACUGGAGCUCAGUUUGAACAGCACAGCUACUGUAAGAUGAGCUUUACACGGCGGAUCCUGAAUGCCUUCAGGUUCACAUGUCGUUCAUUUCCCACAAACUGCCGGAGGUUUUGUACUUCACAGUCUGUAAUGGCGUCAAGACACACUCAUGCUAAGAGAAUUGAGGGACUGGACAAAAAUGUUUGGGUGGCGUUCACGUCGGUAGCAGCCGACCCAUCUAUCGUCAACCUCGGCCAGGGCUUUCCAGACAUCCCCCCGCCUUCUUAUGUCAAGGAUGCUUUGGCGAAGGCCGCGUCAGUGGACCGCAUGAACCAGUACACCAGAGGCUUUGGUCACCCAUCCUUAGUGAAGGCCCUUUCUCAGGUGUAUGGGAAGGUUUACAGUCGCCAGGUUGACCCUCUUAAAGAAAUCCUGGUCACAGUCGGGGGUUAUGGUUCCUUAUUUAGCAUCAUGCAGGGCCUGGUGGAUGAAGGAGAUGAGGUGAUCAUAGUGGAACCUUUCUUUGAUUGCUACGUACCGAUGGUCAGAAUGGCCGGAGCCAAGCCUGUGUUGAUCCCAUUACGGCCUAAAUCUGGAAAGAAGGCAGUCUCUAGUGCCGACUGGUAUCUCGACCCAGACGAGCUCUCUGCAAAGUUCAGCUCCAAGACAAAAGCAAUCAUCAUCAAUACGCCCAACAAUCCUAUAGGGAAGGUUUUUACCAGAGGCGAGCUGCAGGUGAUCGCAGACCUCUGCAUUAAACACGACACGCUGUGCUUCAGCGACGAGGUUUACGAGUGGCUCGUCUAUAAGGGACACCAGCACGUCAAGAUUGCCACUCUGCCUGGAAUGUGGGACAGAACGAUAACCAUCGGCAGCGCAGGGAAGACCUUUAGUGUUACCGGUUGGAAGCUGGGUUGGUCUAUAGGACCUGAGCACUUGAUAAAACACCUGCAGACCGUCAUGCAGAACACUCUGUACACCUGCCCUACACCUUUACAGGAGGCAGUGGCUCAGGGUUUGCUGCUGAACUAUAAGCUGAUGGGUCAGCCCGACUGUUACUUCUCUUCACUGGCUGAGGAACUGGAGGGAAAGCGGGACCGCCUGGCCGCCAUCCUGCAGGAGGCUGGGAUGAGUCCAGUCAUCCCAGAGGGAGGCUACUUCAUGCUGGUAGACGUCACGCCUCUCAAUCAGGACCUGUCCCACAUGGGCGACGAUGAAGCCUACGACUACAAGUUUGUUAAGUGGAUGAUUAAAGAAAAGAAAUUAGCUGCUAUUCCUGUCACAGCGUUUGUCGGAGAGGAGUCCAAGGAGCAGUUUGAGAAAUAUAUUCGCCUGUGCUUCAUAAAGGAAGACGGCACUCUGGAAGCAGCAGGGGACAUCUUAAAAAACUGGAGGAACGUUUAGCAGGAUGUAGAGUUUGAACAAAUGGGAAUUAACCAGAAAUGAGAACAUUUUUAGAGGCAAUUGCCAUAUUAGAAAAAGAAAUACUCAAACUAACUACAAUGACAUCUUAAUACUGUCUGGGUUUGUUUUGUUUUUUUUUAAAUUAAUUUCAGUUUGACUAUGAUUUCUGUCAGACCUGUUGGGUUAAGAGAUGUAUAAAGUAGAACCUUUCUGACAACGUGAAGUAGGCUUUCAAACUGAAUGGCCGACCAUCAGGUCAUGACUUAAACUCGGGACAUUAAAUGUAAAAAAAAAAAAGAUAAAUAGUGGCAUCACCAGUUACUAGGUUUAGAGGCAAAUAACUUUCUCUCAGGGGCAGGUUGCUUUGGGUAACAUUUUUUUCACUUGUGGCAGCAGGACUAGGAAAACGAUGUUCACAGGUUCUCUCCAUUCAGUCUGAGUUUGUGCUAUUUUGCGAAGCUGGUUGAGACGUGCAGCUGUAAAUGUAGUAAAAUACGGCUACCACUUGAAAAAUGUUAAGAAAAAAAACUGUUCAUAGAAUGUUAGCAAAGUUCUGUAAGUUGAAUUCUUAAAUAUCUUUCUCUAAGCAGUUUUAUUGUAAGCUGCAGAGCUUGUUCUCCACUGACAUUGACUUGAAGGUAUGAAAAUUGCUCAUUUUAGAGGCCCAGUAAACCUUCAACAUGAACCAGUAGGAAGCUCUGUUUUACAUGGCAUGGAGCCAUUUAAAAGUUGGCUGUAAAAAAGAAAAAGGUACAAUAGCACAAAGGGUAGAAAUAGGUUAAGGAUUGGUAUAGAAAACGCCAACAAGAUUUUAAAAGCUAGUGUUGAAAAGGCUAAAGGUGAAGAGAAAAAGGUUCAUAAUUAGAAUUCAUCUAAAUGUCCUAACCAAAAGCUACAAGUGGAGGCAUAAUUAUUUAAAAGAUUCGUAAGGGCUUCAAAAACUGGUUGGUGGGAAAAUAACUGAAAAAGUUGAAAUAAAAACCUCUGAUAUGGUUAAAAAGGAGAAGCAUAUCUUAUUAACCCAAUUAUAUAAAUAAACCAAACUAGGAAAUGUAUUGUAAAGCUAAAUCACGUUUUCAUAAAAUUAAAUCUAAACAUUUCUGAAUUAGAAAUGAAUGUAUACUGUCAUAUUUUCUACCAGAGCUGGUGCAAAGUUAACUGCUGUGUUGAACCACUAGAGGGAGACAAAGUACACAGCACUGCGGCAGAACUCCGUCGUCCUGUGGCACAGGGUUUGUUUUGCUGAAAUCCUGCAGCAAAGGAAACAACAGGACGAAAACCAUUUAGUGGAUUUAAAACAAACUGAAAUCUACUUUUGCAUUCAGUUGUCUGUUUGCGGCUGUUGGAUGGAAAAACAGCACAGAAGCAUCAGAGAGACUUUUAAUAAUGAAAAAAACCUAUUUGUUUACAGCAGAAGAUGCUCCAAAUUUACAGUAGAACUAAGAUUAUGUUGAUUUAAUAAAAUAUAUAUCGUUUAAAAUUACAUUGCCAAAAGAAUGAGUACCUCAACCUGUCAUGUUAAGGUCACAAAUGAUUUUACUACAUUUUUAUGUGUCAGAGCUAAACCAAAGUAGUGCAUAAUAGUGAAGAGGAAGAAAAUGAUUCAAAAUUUUACAAAUAUAUUUCUGAAAAGUGUGGCAGGUGCUCGUGUUCAGGCUUAAGGGUUAAUUCUAUUUGAAUUGGACAAUCCUUGCCACCAAUUACAGCAGCAAGUCUUCAGUGGUAUGUUUCUACCAGCUUUGCACAUUCAUGGAAAACCUGUUCUCCACUUAGCUCAGGCUAAAUGGAGAACAUCUUUGGACAUCAGUUAGAUUUAGGCCUAGAUUCAUUAUUUGAACACAUAAUAUUCACAUAACUAGCACAGCGAGCAGAAAACAACUGUGCAGCAGCCCUGCUGUAGAGGACACCGCUACAAAAAAAUGCUAAGAACUCAUGACUAAAAUCAGAAAGUAUGAGGCAGCAUUUAUGCUAAGUGAAUGUGAUACUUAUUGAAUUGUGAAUGAAAGUGACAAGUUGAUGUUUCCUUACAUAUUUUGUAGCAUUGUGUGCUGGUUUGAGAGCCCAUGACCUGAAAAAGUUUAGGAAUCCCUGAUCCAAAACCACAGUGAAAUAUGUAAACCAGUUUGCUGCUCGGUUUUUGAAGACCCAGUGAUUGCACUGAAAACGUACCUACGGCAGACAUCAAGAUGUUAACAUUUUAUUAGCAGCCACAAAUAAAAGCUCCAUUCUGUCAGUCAGUAAUGAGGAACAUGGAUCUUUCUCUUUGGCGUGCGGCCUGUGCUGCCUGACGGGAACGCAGACAAAUAAUGAAGGUGUUCCGUGCCUGAAGCGUGGAAUGUGUGCUCUGUAAAUUUGCAGUAGUAAAUAGCCAACUUCAAGCCAUUUCCAGCUGUCACAGUCAGCAGCAGCAUGCCUGGCCUUAAUCCGGUGGAGGAAGCGUUAUCUGAUGAAAUGCUUUUAAUUGUAGCUUCAGAGUUAAUAGUUAGCGUUCCAAGCUACUUGGCGUGAAAUUGUGCCGCUGGGAGGGAGGAAGGUGUUGUGUUCUGCUAGACAAAUGUUUGGAAAGUGAGGAGGUGCCCCAGCUUCAGACCCCCCGGAGAUUAAUAUCAGCAUGUCGGGACUGAGUGAACCGGAAACCAAAGGGAGGGUAUAAAUAACCACAUGCCGUAAAGAUAUGUUUCUUUUGCUGCUCAGUCCUGAGUCCAAGGCCUCAUGGUUACAAGUGUCCGCAGUCAGCUUGACGUGUUGGUGAACUUCUCCUCCAGCGGGGCCUAUACAAAUAACGGUCUGCACCCUUAAUACAGCGUGAGAACCGGUGCUGGGAAACACCACUGCAGGAGAAAAAUCCGGAGUGGGAUUAUCAUGCGAGCUGCUGUUAUCAGACAUCUUUUAAUGUGCAUUUCCCAGAUUCUCCUGGAUUAGGUUGAACACCAUCACAUAAUUUAUGUUAAUUACGAUUGCCGUGCCAAUAAUCUAAUGUCACAAUCCCGUUAUGAAGCAGGAUUUAGGUUACUGAUGCCCUAAAAAUCACACCAGAUGUUUGUGCUACCUCGUGUUGCCUCUAGGUGGCUCUGUUGGUCAUGCAUUCGGGUAGCCAGAGAGAGAGAGAGGGGGGGGGGAGGUAUUACUUUGAGUCGUUUAAUAGAGCCAUGACACAAACUGUGCACAAAACUCACAACUUUAUGCUAUAUAUAAGAGUAAUGAUGGAAAUAUUCUGGUAUUGAACUGAACUGCUAGAGUUUAAUGUUGGGAGUUGGUGUCUGCACACGUUUUGUUUGUGGCGCAUAACACCGAGCAAAGUAAAGAUGGCUGCUCAUGGCAACGCCGGCCGCAGGGCGCAACAGAUGUCCUGAGGGAAUUCCAACAUCAAAAUCAAACUCCAGGCCAAAUCCAGCCCACUGCUGCUAUUUCUGGGGCCACAGAAAUAGAAUGUCAAAAUAACAAGUCGUGUGCUUCAGUAUUACUUUAUCACUCAAAUCAAAUCAGUUUUUAUUUGCGUCGCGCCGAAUUGCUUCAAUGUUGAAUGUUCAUUUAUUUUUAGAAGUAAGUUUAUUGAACGCAACUAUAGCCAUAAUGUUUUAAUAGCUUGUUAAUAGUUAGUUUUAUGAAUAGAUUCUGCCACAACCGGUCCUCUAAGGUCAUUCAUGAUCUUGAUGUGGCCCGAGAGGAAAAUGAGUUCGACAGCUCCGUGCUGAAGUUCAUGUUGCCUCUUGAGGUGGACGACAUCCACUGCAGUUCUUAUUUUAUACAGUAGAUGUCGCUGGAGAGAAAAUCUGCCUUUAUUCAACAUUUAGUUUUGUUUUGUUUUAGUAUUGCAUGUAACGUUUUGUUUUCAAUAUUCCUUCUGUGUGUGUCCAGUCAUGCCUUUCUAUGGUCAACAAAACUUUAAUUUUAAAGCAAUGUAUCAAACAGCAGCCUCAACACAAAAGCAAGAGGCCACAAUGGAAGGUAUGCUAAACCGGAAGUUAUUCUAGCAAGUUUAUUAUAUCUUCUAUGUAAGCAUUAAUACUGGGGCCCUGCUACUUCUCCUAUUUGGUGAGCGCCACUCACAUUGUGCAUGGAAUGUUGCAGAAAUGUUUCGACCGAAUAAAAUCAAAGUCGCAACAGG